AUGGAGCAAGAUAUGCUUGCUCAUUUGUAUAAUCUUAUAUCAAAGCUUUCAUGGCGUCAUUCUGCCUUUUUUGCUCCUCUUGACGGGUGGACAGGAGUUCUGCUCUCAUGGUUAGGCGGUGCAAACUUAACGCGUCUCGUGUUGGAAUUACCUGAAAUUUCCUCCUUACAUAGGAUGCACAUUUUUGUGCGCGGUCUCGUGACUUGGACACUGCUAGCGCUCACUAAGUAUUCGUCUGGUGCAUAG